AUGGCAGAAAGUCGACUUCAGCCUUCCUCAUCAACAGCUGGGUUUUUCCAGACAUUCCCAGUCCUUCCACCGCGGUAUUCGGCUUCGAGUGGUCUCCCAAACGCAAAUGACUUCGAAUGGAACAACCAUAAGAGGCUCUCGGAUGAUGCAGUGUUCGCACGUAUCCUGUCCAUCUAUCUGCCUGGUAAUGCAGGGCCGGCAAUGCGCUCCAUCCAUGACUUGUCGCGCAGGGCUAUCCAUCCCUCGGUUCUCAGCCACUCGGUCGACGCUGAAAUCAAUCAACCUGUACUCCGCCCACUCAACACGUUCGGAGAUGAAAACCGAUCAGACCCGCUCUGGACCACUGGUGGGUGGAAAGCCCUGAAAGCAAUUGGUGUUGAAGAGGGGUUGGUGUCCACCGCAUAUACACCCGGACCCGUUUCAUGGAAUCGUCGAGUGCAUCAGUUUGGAAAGGUUCAUGUUUGGGCGACGACUUCUGUAGUGACCCUGUGCCCUAUGUCGAUGACUGACGGAGCGGCGACGCUCUUGUCGAAGCAUCUUAAGGACGACGAUGGGGAUCAGCCUGGUCGUGGGGAAGUGCUUGCCGAAGCAUUCAACAGACUUACCUCGAAUGAACCAGACCGUGCUUGGACAAGCGGCCAAUGGAUGACGGAGCGGAGCGGCGGCAGUGAUGUAAGCGGGACCGAGACCGUGGCAAGAAAGCUGACGGGGGAGGAGUUGGCCUUGGAUACCGAAUCCCACAGAGAUUGCGAUGCCAAUGGAAUGCCUCUUGGACCCUGGCGAGUCGACGGAUUCAAAUGGUUUAGUAGUGCUACCGACUCUAAUAUGGCCAUGCUGCUGGCUCGUACGGAAAAAGGAAUCAGCAUGUUCUAUGCGCCGACUCGGCGCAGAAUUAGCUCAAGCUCAGAGUCAACAGCCUCUGAACUAAACGGCGUGCGCAUUCAGCGACUGAAGAACAAGGUAGGCACGAAAGCUUUACCUACUGCUGAGCUGGAGCUCCGAGGAAUGCGUGCCUGGUUGGUUGGCGAAGAAGGAAAAGGAGUCAGGGAAAUCGCUGGUUUGAUCAAUAUAACAAGAAUGCACAACGCCGUACGCAACGCGGGCUACUGGUCUCAUGGCUUAGCUGUGUGUCGGGCAUAUUCCAAGGUGCGAAAGGUCCGUGGUGGUCUUUUACAGGAUAAUGCUCAACACCUUGGCUGGAUGGCUGGAGAGACAGUGAAGUACUGGGGAGCGGUACAUUUGGCCUAUUUUGGCGUUGCUCUGCUAGGUGCAGACCAGCAAGGCUGGGCCACUGGAGUACAAGGAACUCAUGCUCAAGCGUUGAUUCCAGAUGAUCCUGUCGCUAUCACGGCGUUGCUGCGACUGCUCACACCCUUGGCCAAGGGCCAAGUUUGUCUCAAGAGUGUGUCCGGUAUCCGCGCCUGCAUGGAGAGCCUGGGAGGCGUUGGAUAUUGCGAAAAUAACGAAAAUGGUGGGACUUUGAACCUCGCACGGGUGUGGCGCGACUCGGCUGUCGGCAGUAUAUGGGAAGGAACUACUAGUGUCAUGGCUGAGGAUGUUGUCAGGGUCUUGAUGGACAAACGCUUGGGGCAUGGAAACGUUUUGGAAAAUGUUCUACAACCUUGGGUCCAGAAUGUCCUCAGCCGUUGUCAAGAAAUGUUUCCGGAACAAUGCGCUACAGUAUCUGAAAGAUGGAACUUCUUGACAGCUUCGAUCACCGGUGUGGACAAGGAGACCCUUCAUUGGAGGGGCAGGGAGAUCUUGGAGCAUCUCGAUGUGGUUAUGGCAGCGUGUUUAUUGUUGUAUGACGCAUCUCUGGACGCAGACGAUGUCGCGAUAGCAGUCGCAACAAGGUGGGUACGCACUGAGGUCUCACUAAGUCCUCGGCUCGAUCGAGGGGAGAGCGAUCUGCAGCAAGAGCAAUACAUGGACAGGAAGAUCUUCCUCGGACCGGUGAAGAAUGUUUCGAGUUCUGGGAGCCCGAAACUAUGA